AUGCUGAACCGUACUGGCAAAGUCUGGCACAACCUUACCGAGGAAGACAAGGUCCUGAUGGGGCCGAUCUUUCUGGAGCCGCACGACCAGCAGCCUGUGUUUUGCAAGCAGAAGGAGAUGGAGGGCGGCGAUCGGAUACCUCAGGUUAGCAUGAGAGAUGCACUGACCUACAAGCAUUUCUUGUUUGUGCUGCUGAAAAGGUCAUCCCAAGUCUACAGCCUUCGCCGGAAGCAGCUGUCCCAAGCAGCCGUGCGGCAGCGGCGGCAGCGUCGAGAACGCCGCCGGCGAGGCGUGCCAAGCUCCGUGCCCGACAAGCUGCGGCAGCACCGCUUGCGCGAGGUCCGGGCAUUGCUGCAGGCAGCCUUGUGGCCACGCAGCCCGCGUGGCUGCAAGCGCGCGGGCGAGAGCUGCAAGCUCUCCGACUCCGCGUGGGCAUGGAAGAAGCCUAGAGAGCAAGUUUCGUAUCACUACGCUCAGUUUCAGCCUGUGGUGGACACUGUCCUGAAUGCCCACUCCACGUACGAGCUCCAGUCGCUCGCCGCGACCUACGCCAGCGAGAUUUCCACCCUGUCUACUGCGCUCUUCCAUGCGCAAGAGGCGGCCGCCGCAUUGUACCACUCAGACGAUCACAACUGCGACCCUGCGGGGUCUAUGUCGGAUCACGACUGGCACGUCUACCUCGACACACUAGGUGGGACGCGCCUCCUCUCGCAGCAGGUCACGUGGCACUUCAUGCAGGUGGCCUUGCGCAGCAACGUCCACACCAGCAAAGUGGAGUUGACGGUAUUGAUGGCCGAGACCGGUCAGAUGAUGCGAAGCCUCGUGGAGGGGAAAAAAGUCGACGGAAUCCCGGCGCCGCCAAAUCAGAAGGUAGUCGACCUCCUGGAGCACGCCUGGGAGCGAUGGGAUGUACUGAGCCAUGUUCUUACCGAAGCAGUGCACAUGGAGGUCAUCCCAGGGGUCAUGGUGGACCGUGUGGCACAGCUGAGCCAGGCAGUGCUUGCGGACCUCGAUGUCGUGAUGCACCACACGGAGCAAGCUGCCUAUGCGGCGAGCCACAGCUCCGACUCGUUUUUGGUGGAGCAGACCAGUCAACAGGAGACCCUGCUCUACAAGAUUUCGGUGGAGGCUGCACUGGUCCUUUCUGGGAUACAGGUCCAUGAGAAUUGGCUGCUGCUGAACGAGUCCCGCGGCCUCUUCGAUGAGACCCAGACGAUGUUGCUCCAGGGGGCUCCAGCAACGAACCACAGCCCUGCAAUGGAGAAGCAGACGCAGGUGUGCAUGAUCGCACGCAUGCGAGAGGUGGGAGACCUCUUCUCCCAGCUGGAGCAUUCCGCGCUGGGCGUGGCCUGGGGAAACAGCACCGAGCUGACCGAGCUUGGACGCCUUGUCCCGCUGGCGCUCGCAGCUGCGCAGUCCCAGUCAGAGGCGCUCGUACUGAAGACAGCCACCAGCUGCGAAAAUGCCACGGAGCAGCUUCCCCUCGACUCUUGGCUGGCGCUGCACCAGGAGGCAGCCACCCUGGCGCGAUGGAGCCAGCGGGCGACGUGCGACCUCAUCCUUCGUCAGAAGGGGCGUUUGGAAGCGGCACAGCUGCAGGCCCGCAUGGACUUGCUCCUGGGCUCCGCGCAUCGGCUAGAGUUUGGGGCCUUCUCGCCCCGCGUGCCGGCGCCUCCCUCCCAGGAGUACCUGGACCACUUUUCCGCCACGGUGUCGCCGGCUCUCGAUUCCUUCGAGGCCGCCACCGCAGCGGAGGAUGUGCUUGCAGCUGUAGCAGCUGGGGAGGCGUUACGCCUGGCGGCCGAAGAGACCCAAGCCAGGUACCUCAAAGCCGCGCUUGCGGCCCGCCCCACCUGGCCGGGGGACCGGGUGGACGCGGUGACGCGCGAGCUCACGCAGGCCUGCGUGGUCUUCCGCGAAGCCCUUCUCUACACCUACGGCCAGCGAAGUGCGGAUUCAGAACUGCAGGCCGCGGUGGCGAACUUCGAGGCGAUGCACCAGGAGUCGAAGGAUGGCGGAGACACCCUCGAGCCCAUCGUCGUAGCUCGGCAGGACAUCCUGGAGCAGUGGGAUCGCGUGGGUCAGGCUUGGGCCACACUGAAAGGGCAGCUGACGACUGCGGCUGCCGAGGACAUGUGGCGCAGCGAGCAGACCCUGGAGGUUCUCCUAGCAGAGCUCUCCGCCGCGAUACCUCUCUACAGCAAGGAGGACGACGUGCCUGCAGAACACUUCCCUUAUUCGGCACUCAUCUACGCCUCGGUGGGCGGCUGUUUGUUCUGUGGCUGCUGCGCCAUCAUCUGCUACAACUGCCGGAGAAAAGGUGGGCCGAAGGAUGCUGCCAAGCAAAUGAAGAUGCAUCAGCCGGAUGUGCAAGACACAGGGCUCGGCCCAUGA